AUGGAAGCAGCCACAGGAAGGACUCCAGAGGCACCUUCAGCAGUGUGCCAGGUUUGUAUUCUUGUAGCUUUCUGGGAGUGUAGUGCUUUGUCAGCGGGAGCCAGACAUAGACAAUUCUCUCUGUUGCCAUCAGUCAUGUGAGCUAGCAGUCAGAGAAUCCAGAUCUUGAGGAUAUCCACCAGUCCAGCCUUCAGCUGUAGCUGAACUCAUGGUUGCUUCGCUUCACUUCCAUUUACCCAGACAUUUUAGUGUUAUUGUUAUUAUUACAUCGCUAGAAGGUCAGUGGAGUCGAAUUUUGGCAGGAUAUCAAAAUGUGCUUUUUAUAAGUGUCUCUAGACCAGCUAGCAGGUGUUCUGUGUGCCAAAUGUCUUUGUGCGUUGCCAGCAUCAUAAAAUAUACUGAACUGACUCUGACCCUUAAUUUCUGUUUCUGUUUCAUCAUGAACUGAACAUUAAGGUGAGAACCUUGAAGAUGAGGUUGGUGGGACCCAAGCCAAACGUGCGAACGAUCCAGUCUAGUGGUUGCCUUGGGUAGUUUUACCUGAACGACUUCUGCCUGAAACCUGAGAAUCUCAGCUCUUUAAGCUUCUUGCUUUCUGCAUUAUUGGAGCUUCAGUCCAUGAGAGAAACCCUGUUGACUUCUUGACUUGUUGGUGUUGCAGAAUUCUAGCCAUGUGCUCCCCUCCCAAGUAUGGUUGUAUUGUUUAGGGUGUGGAUAUGGGAACUGAACCAGCAAAAAGCCCAAGGAAAGAGUAGACAGGUUGGAGCUGUUGAUGAAGAUGUCAGGUCCAGUUCAAAGAGGACAACUGAUGGGAAGAAGUAGAAAGAAGGAAAAUGAAGCUACCUGGGGCACAAAAGUUAGGAAAAUACAGGCAGAGAAGAUGGACAAGACUGGGGGAAUGUGUUUUUCCCCCCUGGGGGUACGCAUGGGUAUGCAUAUCCCUAAACAUUUUGUGAAACUUUGUACUUUUGUCCAUUUACUGUAUUCAUUUCCCCCAAUUAGAACUAUAAAAUGGUGGUUUUCUUGAGUCAAAAUGAGAGUACCCCUAAACAUUUUUUUUGGGGGGGGGAGCAUUGGUCAUAUGAAUGAAGAAAAUAGGAAAGAAGAGCUGAUUCAUAUAUUACAUUCGAGAAGGAAAGGUCCCUGUGAAGUAGCCUUGCAAAUAAAUCCACAAAAUUACUAGCUGUUGAUUUUACUUACCCAUUUGUGCAUACUUGGCAAUGUAAGUCAUUGGUGUCACCAACAACCUGAAAAGACACCAGGUGCCAGAAAAUGGAGGCUCAGGUUAUAUAUGUGUGUGUGAAUAAACCAUAUACCAUAAAGGCACUACAGUUUCCACUGUGCCUCAUUUCCAAAGGAAACAUGAACCCUGGAUAAGUGCCUGGAACUCCUGGGAUCUUGCACCACUUAGAGUUUGAGGAGGCUUGUAACAGUAUUUUGAUUGAUAAUAAGAAAGAGAAGCACACUAUGAAUGUAAUUUCUACAACUACCCCCAGGUGUUAAGCAAUGGGGGCAGAGGUGGGAGUUAGCUACUUCUUGGGGGACUGUUUCACCUGUCAUUCUACUGUCCUGAGAAAUAAGAGCACCCCCAAAGUGAACAAUUGGUGCACCAACUUGUUCUCCAAUUAAUUUGAUUCAGAAACAAAGCACUUAUAGGGUAAUUUGCAACCCAAAAACUGUUGUGUAUAUAGAACACUAUUCCUUUUAAGUCAUUAGGCAUAAUUUGCUUUGCUUACAAGCACAGAGAGUGUGCUUGUAAGCAAAGCAAAUUAUGUUUUGCAUUUUGCCUUAGCAUUUGGAAGCUUGGAGAACAGAAAUCUUAUUUUACAUUUUUUUAAAAAAGAUGGCUCCUGUAGGUUUUCACUCUGUGAUACUUUUUUUUAACCUUUUUACUUCAUCAGCUCUAGCACCGUGAAAAUACUAGUAUAGGUUGAUUAAUGCAAGUGAGAAUUUCCUUCUUUAAAAAGGGCAACUCCUGGAGCACAAAACAGUUAAAUACAAUCACUACCAGCUUCAUAAUACUGUUUAAUCAAGGCUGCAAUGAUGGUAUUUUUCUUCAUGCAAGAUAAAGCGUUAGUUAAGGGGUAAUAUCAUUGUUUUACAUGCUUUCUGGUUUUAAUAAGCAUUAAGUCUCUAAGAUGGCUGCUUUUCAGCAUGUCUUAAGCAUCUCAAGUGGAAAUUUCUAAGGGUACUUUCAGCCAUUUGGAUAUAUAUAUAUAUAUAUAUAUAUAUAUAUAUAUAUAUAUAUCUCCAUGGCAGCUCCCUAGACUCGUCAUCCUGUUUUUUUUCCUCCUGGCUGCAGCUGAGCUGGGUUGUUUCCAGUAUUGCCAGAAACAACUUAAUUUGUUUAAAAGUGACCCCCGAUGUGUCAGUCUGAAGCCUGGGUUCAGCAGGGUAAACUGCUGGAGGUUGUUUUGAAUGGCUGAAAGGGCUGUUUCAUGCUCCUAGGCUAUAGAGGCAGCCUUUUCACAAGCAUAGUGGCAAUUAAUGCUGUUUUUAUAAUGUCUGUUUAUUUGCAGAUAUAUGCAAGUCUUCAAAGCAGCAGAAAUUUCCCCCAACCCGAAGAAGUGAAGAGGGACUCCACCUUACCCUGGGCGCCUUCUUGCAAGCUAACAGCAAAACUUCGCCUUGAUUCUCCUUUGCUGGCUGAUCGGUCUACAUCCACGGAGCAGAGCUGUGUUGCAUAG